GUAAUAGUAAUAACAGUGCCUGGGGUUUUUCCUCUCUUCUUCCGGAUUCGUUUGGUGAUCGCGUUGUCUACGGAGGCUUUCCCUUCUCGCAUUCACAUUCGUUCACCGUCCCCAUCUUCCUCAUGCACGCCAACGUUGCCAGCUACGCGGCCCACCUCGCCAACCGCAAAGCGAAGAGCGUUCACGUCCACCGAGGCGCCAAUCCCUACAAGCUGGUCGCCUGCGACUUGGAUGGCACGCUGCUCAACAGCGAGCACUCCGUCUCCGAUUUUACCCGCACCGUCCUCUCGCAGCUGCUCGCACGCGGCGUGCACCUGAUUUUCGCCACAGGUCGCCCCUUCACCGAUGUCUACCGCAUUAAACGGCGCCUCGACAUCUUUGCCGCCGCCAAGGUGAUCGCGACGCCCGGUGUGCAAGUGGUGACGCCCACCACGCAGACCCCCGUCGCCCGCAUUGGCCCCGACUCCGUCGGCGACGCCAGCAGCAGCAGCAGCAGCCCCACGUAUGGGACCAUGGUGACCGGGGACCUGCCGUACAGGCCGGAAAGGAUCGUUCCCCGAUGCUUCGCCGUGACAUCGAACGGCGCGUGCAUCUACGAUGAGGCGAACGAGCGCAUUUACGAGCGCGCGAUGGACCCGCGUGUGGUGCGGGAGUUGUACAACAUGUUCGUCGACGAUCCGCAGGUGAACGUGAACGUGUUUCGCGUCGUGGACGCGGCGGAGCGGCAGAAGCAGGGAUACACGAACCCAAGUGAUCAGCCCGACGACCAGGCGAGUGAGGAGUGGAUCUGUCGUUACCCAUCAGACCUGGAGGCGGCGCUGUACAAGGAGUCAAAAUUUGUGUUUCGCGUGGUGCCGGACAUCGAGAAAACCUACCCCGUGGAUCACGUGAGCGAGGUGUUUUUCCUCUGCUACGACCCGCCACGCUGCGCACGGGCAGAGGCGGAGAUUGUCGAGCACAUGAAGGAGUUUGUGGAGAAGAUCGGCGCGCCCGAGGCGGCGGUGCGCGUGGCCCCGUCCACGACGUACUGCCUGGAUGUGGUGCCCGUGAACGUGAGCAAGGCAUCUGCGUUAGAGCAGGUGAUCAAGGACCUGCAUCUCACGUGGCAGGACGUCAUCGCUUUUGGCGAUGGGUUGAAUGACGUGGAGCUGCUGUCCUCGGUUGGCAAAGGCUGCAUAAUGGGAAACGCCAGCCCGCGCCUGAAAGCGAAGUUGCCCGACUUGGAAGUAAUUGGUAUUAACGACGAGGAUGGCGUGGCGUGCAAGCUGUGCGAAGUGUUUGGCCUCGAUGCUGAAAAGGGAACGUAA